CGUCACAGGGGGGUGGCAUUGGCCCGCGUCACCGGCCGUGAGUCCAGGCAGGCGGCGCUUCCAACACACACAGCAAAGUUUGUACAGCGACGCCCCAACUCACGCAGGCACAAGUGGAGCUUUGGGGAACAAUCAACCAGGAUGCCAACUUCUUUAAAGCUUUUCAACAUGUGUGUUCUGAUGAUCACGGGGAGCUUGUACCACCCUCGUCUCCUCAGUGAUGAAGUGGAGAGUGAGGAGGUCCAGGACAGGAUCAAGGAGCACGAGUACCGGUACAAACUGGAGAUAGAACGGCUCCAGAGAGAAAUGGAGGAAAAAAGUAACCGUGAUGGUAAUAUAAGGAAUACAUUUGCUAAAAAGGAAGAUUCAGUAACAUGGAAUUGGAACACUUAUAUUAUUCUCCUGCUGGUCACAAUUCAGUUAUUGGGAUUCUGGAUAGGCGACACUUUGCCACAUAUUCCCCAGGACUAUAAUAGUGAGGAAGAAGAGGAAGAAGAAAAGGAAAAUGAAUUUCCUCGAAGAAUUUACGGCAACAUUUUGAAUAUUCCUGAUCAAAGUGUGUUGGAUCAGUUCUACAACAUUUGCAUCCAGAAUGCGAGCCAAGAGCCAAAUCAGACCUGUGAAUUUGUAGAAAGCUUUGUGGACAAUCUUUUGGAGGCCAGUAGGAAUCUCUGUCAGUGGAACUCUGAGCUGAUCCUUGAAGACUGUGUGGGUAUUGGGAGUCAGUUUGAAAAAUGGGGCUGUAAGACACCAGCUAUAUAUGAUAUUUUGGUUCCAAUUUUUCUCCAGGAUGGAUAUUGUUUUAAACCAGAGAUUUGUUCCUGUGACAUCCCACCUGAAAAACAGAAUUAUGGCAGGAUUCUCAUGGUUACACCACACAAUGCUGACUUGGGCUGCCAAUGUAAAACCACAGAACUUGAAGGGGAUAUUCUGUGCCUUAUUCACAGCAAGAGAUUUGAACCUGAUGUUCGUGCCAAUUGCCUUGCUUCUAUCAUGUGUUCCGAUUGGUAUUUGGAUUAUAAGAAGGUAGUAAAAUGGUUCAGGGAUUUAUUAGCCAAAUCUUGGAACAAAAUUCGCCAUAAGUACGAUUUUGAACUUACCUUUUGCAAUAUUACAGGUUGCUGUGGGUUAAAAGUCCAUUAUCAGUCUGGACGAACCAUUUGCAUAAAAGUCUUUCCUGCUGUGAGGCUGAAGAAUUCAGAUGUCCAUCUUGUACCCAGUUUUUCCGAUUGCUCCAUGAAUAGUACAGCAUCCACUACUUACUGGAACAUUACCUGUGCAGUCUGUGAGCACAGGUUUCUGCAAAUCAUGGCCAAAAAUACCCCCAAAAGCUCGUGUCACCUCAAAUGCCUUCAAAUACUGAUCUUUCUAACUGAAAAACAGCGCAGUUCUCCAGACCAGCAAUCUGUUCUUGGUUCCUAUGUCUUUAAGACUGUCCUUAUGCAUCUGCUGUUAAGUCAGCCAUUUUCAAACUGGCAUGAAAGUCACCUGGAACAUCGGCUGAGAGAUAUGUUAAAAUAUCUCGGAAAUUGUUUGGAUGAGAAAAGACUACAGAGAUUUAUGAUUGGAAAUCGAUCAUUUCUUAAGCAAAUUGAAAUUCCAGAAAUUCUUCUAAAAGCAGAGCCUAUAAACCUCUUCCGGUCAUUUGUAAUAGAACGUGAUUCUUACAGUCGGGCGCUCAUGGAGUAUCAGAAAAUAUUAAUGGACAUGUGUCCGUUAAUGAUGGAGUGCAUUAAAAAUGAUACAGCCAGCUGAUUGAAAACAUUGUAUUUGACACAAGGAAACAUAGAUGCUGGAAUCUGGUGGCUUUGCUCUCUGCUUGGGACCAGAAUUAUUUAAGAUAUGUAAUAUUUACAUUACUAUUAAGAAUAAAAUUAAUAGAUUAUUAAAAUAUCAAGAAUAAACUAUAAGAAUACAUUUAAUAGAUUUUUCUUCAAAAAUAAACUAUAUUCAGAAUAAAAAAUAUAUAUAAAAUAAAAAUUGU